UUUCUUAAUAAUCGCGACUAAAGCAUUUGGCCAUUCCCGCCAUAUUUAUUUGUUUUCAUCAAUAAGUGGUAAUUCUCAAAACAGUAGAAAAAAAAUCUAAUUUCUUUCAAGAUCGACCAUGGACAAUUUUGCCAGACCAAGAAUCAACGGAGCAAUGCUUUCAUCAUAUCAAGGACGUAACGUCUGCCUCCUUGGUGUAGCUAAAUAUGUAGAUAACAGUGGAAAAUUUUUUACAAUUCACACCAGUGAUGGCCAGGAUGUUAAAGUAGAAAUGCAAGAACCGUUAAAUGAAUAUGUAGCAGGAUUGACAGAAGUCCAUGGCACUGUCAACAAAAAUUCCAUAGUUUGUGAAAAUUACAUCGUCUUUUCUGAUGAAGCCUCUGGUACUUUCAAUAUGGAGUUAUAUAACCAAGCAGUAGAAUUACAAACCAAACUACCUAAUCAUUAUAUAACUGGUGUUACACAGGAAUAAACAUCAGAGGAGUAGAAACAUGGUGAAACACUGUACUCUUGGUUCAAAACAGGUUAAGCUAAUAAUUGUUUUCCAUGGGCAGAUUGGAAAGUAUUAACAUGGAUAGAAUCUUCUGAAAUGUAUUUGUCUAAAUGAUGCAGAAAUGUUUUGUGAUAUAAUUAUAUGCCAAAUGAAAAUCCUGAUAUUCUGUUUAUCAACAAGGAUUAUUUUGCUGAUAAAGUUUGUCAAAAACCAAAAUUACCAAUUUGUAGAUUUAUAUCCAAUGGGAAAAUUGAAUAUUUGUAAUGUAUCUUUUCCAUUGUAAAAAUUGAGCUUGUGAAAUAAAAGUAUGCCAAUUUCAUAAACUUUAUUACUGAAAUUGGGAUUUUUUAUACUUGAAAAUUUUGGUUUGUUGUAAAUAAAAAGUUGUUUUUUU